AUGCUUAAGGUCGGUGGGGUCGCGGCCAAGGCGGAAUUCAAGGAUGAGGCGCCGUGCCUCACGGGCGGCCUUCCUACGCCCGAUUCGGUUGCUGCACAGAAGGAGGCUUACAUCGAGAGCCUGGAGCGCGAGCUCCGGGAAGGAGUGGCCAACUUGGCAGAGCAGCAUCGCCGGAAGACGGACGAUCUGCAUGCAAGAGCCAAUCAGCAGAGGAGUCAGUUCAGCCUCACGCUGGAGAAGAUGGCGAAGGAGCAAGAGACAAUGCUUGACAGGCAGCAUCAGAGCCAGCUCCAGCAACUGCAGGACUCCGCACAGCGGCAGCUCAACGAUUUGGAUCGACAGGCAGAGCUGUUGGUGCAGGCAUGGAAUGCUCAGGAAGGACACAUCGUGGCCGCUCAAAGUGAUAGCCUGGCCCAGGAGUCGUGGAAGGUGCCCAGCGGCGGGAGCAUGCGAUUAGCCUGGCCUGGUACCCCCCAGGCUUCGCAUGGCGGCAGCAUGUCCGUGCGGGUGGCACCACCAUCCAGAAGCCAAUUGAUUGCUGCAGGCUUUCCUCGCGAGCAAUCCAUGCCGAUUCGGAGCCCUUCGCAUGCCACGGUCAUGGCUUUGAGCUCGCCGAAGCACACGCAGGCUGUGACGAUGCCUGCGUCAUCGGGAGCAUUGCAGGGUCAACCCAUCGUUUUGCCAGCAGCAACACCGCCAACCAGAUGGUCUCCGCCUGGGAAGUGA